UUAAAACAACGGCGCGAAUUAAAAUAAUUAUCUUUUAAAAAAUUAUUCCAGUUCCAGUUCCCGGCUUCCAGCCAACAGCCAAAGAGUGCAGCUUUACACUCACAUGGAAAUCCCUGUUAAAUGAAGAAAGCAACUCUGGUCUUCAAAAUCCCAACAACCAAAUUCCCUCCUUGUACCUUUUACUUCUCUUCCUCAUCACUGGCGGGCCCACCUUACAAUCUCACUACUUGUUUUGCUUCUUUCAAACAAUGUAUUCUCGACAAGAACCUCAAGAAAGGCCAACAACUUCAUGCCCAGCUGCUUAUUACUGGUCUUCAGGCCUCCUCUCCAGCAUACACCACCAGUCUCAUCAACAUGUACGCUAAAUGCAAUUUAAUGAACCAAGCCCUUCUGGUCUUUAACAGCACCCCUGAUUAUGAUCGUAAUGUUUUUACACACAACGCGAUCAUUUCUGGGUUUGUUUCCAAUGGGCUUCCAAGAUAUGGAUUUGAAUUUUAUAAAGAGAUGAGAAGGCUAGGUGUUUUGCCGGAUAAAGUUACUUUUCCUUGUUUAAUUAAGGGGCUUUGUGAGAUUAUGGAGGUUUACGAGGUGAAAAACAUUCAUGGCUUGGCGUUUAAACUUGGGUUGGAGUUGGACGUGUUUGUGGGUAGUGCUUUGAUCAGUGCCUAUUUGAAGUUUGAGUUAAUGGAUGAGGCGCAUGAGCUGUUUGAUAGAAUGCCUGAAAGGGAUGUUGUGUUGUGGAAUUCCAUGGUUAAUGGGUGUGCGCAGACUGGUAAGUUCAAUGAAGCAUUGGGAAUUUUUAGGAAAAUGAGGAAAGAGGGGGUUACAAUAAGCGGGUUUACAGCUACUGGGGUUUUGUCAGUUUUUGCUGUGACCGGGGAUUUUGAUAAAGGGAGGAUGGUUCAUGGAUUUGUGAUAAAAAUUGGGUUUGGUUCAGAUGUUUCCAUCUGCAAUGCGUUGAUUGAUAUGUAUGGGAAGUGCAAGUUUGUUGCUAAUGCAUUGGAGAUUUUUGAAACAAUGGAUGACAGGGAUAUAUUUUCAUGGAAUUCAAUUAUAUCUGUUACCGAGCAGUCUGGUGAUCAUGAUGGAACUUUGAGGCUUUUUAAUAGGAUGUUUGAUGAUGGGAUUUGCCCUGAUUUGCUUACUAUUAAAACGGUUCUUCCAGCUUGUUCUCAUGUGGCUGCAUUGAUGCAUGGCAGAGAGAUUCAUCGCUACAUGAUUGUAAAUGAGUUGGCAAAAGAUGGAAAGAGUGGAGAUGUCAAUAAUGUUCUACUGAAUAAUGCCAUCUUGGACAUGUAUGCAAAAUGUGGGAGUAUGAGGGAUGCUCACUUGGUUUUCAAUAAAAUGAUCUGUAAGGAUGUGGCAUCAUGGAACAUAAUGAUCAUGGGCUAUGGUAUGCAUGGUUACGGCAAUGAAGCCUUAGGUCUGUUUUCACAGAUGUGUGAUGCAGGAGUCGAGCCCAAUGAGGUUACAUUUGUAGGUGUCCUGUCUGCUUGCAGCCAUGCAGGUUUCGUGAUCCAGGGGCAAGAGUUUCUCAGGCAAAUGGAAUUGAAGUAUGGCGUGGUUCCAACCAUAGAGCAUUAUGCUUGCAUUAUUGACAUGCUUGGUCGUGCUGGACAGCUUGAAGAAGCUUACAAAUUGGCCCAAACGAUGCCUGUUAAAGCAAACACAGUUGCGUGGAGAGCUUUGUUGGCGGCUUGUCAGCUCCAUUGUAAUGCAGAUCUUGCUGAGGUUGUGGCACGGCAGGUGUUUGAGCUUGAUCCUGGCCAUUGUGGUAGUUAUGUAUUGAUGUCAAAUGUUUAUGUAACUGCUGGUCAAUAUGAAGAAGUGUUGGAUGUUAGACAUACAAUGAGACAACAAAAUGUGAAGAAGGCACCAGGGUGCAGCUGGAUUGAACUUAAGAAUGGCUUGCAUACUUUUAUUACCAGUGAUCAGACUCAUCCUGAAGCCAAUUGUAUUUAUUUAGUAUUGCAUUUAUUGACCUCUCGUCUGCGUGAGCAAGGAUACAUGCCUCACCUAUGCUAAAUGGUUUUAAUGGAAAUUUGUUUGAGAUUUUUUAGUCUAUCCUCUCCACAAUCGAUGGGAAAGAAAAUAAACAUUCUUGA